UGCUAGCUAGAAAACAAUGGAUAUACAUGUACAGCUAGCUCAUCUCAAUUCUCCACCCUCUUGACCUUUUACCUUAAAUUUCACUAGUAUAAAUACCAUGCCAACCAGGAAUUAAAUAUUCCCCAAGGCAAAGACGUCUCUGAAAUUUUUGAAAAGAGGUGUUUAUAUACUUGAAAUGGUUUGCUUUUGUUUUCUGGUAGACCAGAGGAGGAAGGUGCGGCGGAGCAAGCCGGUGGCUGGGACAUGUUCGAGAUGUGGGCGUGGAGCAAGCGUGGCUGACCUAAGGACUUCGACUAGGUUUUGUUAUGUUCCAUUUUAUUGGAAAUCUUGGAAGGCAAUCAUGUGUACUUUUUGUGGAGCCAUUCUCAAAUCUUAUAGAUGAAUUUUGCUGAUAUAUAUAUUAAUAUUAUAGUUUUGGUUCUCUCUCUCUCUCUCUCUCUCUAACUUUUCUGUAUGUUAGGUUUGAGGUCGGGACUGUUUUGAUGAUGAGCUGAAAGUUAGGCUCAGUACUGUACUUCACGUUUGUUUGUUCGGGGCUGCAUAGAGCUGUAAAUAUAGGCUGCUGAUUGUUAAUCUUGGAGAAGAUGAUAAUGAAGGGAAAUUUUCUAUCUGUUUAGUGUUCGAACAAAUAUCAAGUUGUUCAAUCAUAUCCACAGCUCCGGGAUGUGCUGUUUUUCAGGUUUUUUUGUUGUUGUUGGUUUUGUUAUAAAAUCAAAGCAAGAAAUGGGUUUUAUCGUAAA